UCGCUUUGGUGUGCCGUGAUUUCAGUUUUACGAGCAUGGCUUGAUAACCUAAAAUAUUGCCGCAUUGAAAUGAGUAGAAUAUAAUUAAUUAUAAUAUUUUAGUCACGUUUGUCCAACUUAUAUAUCUAAUUAAGGAUUUUAGUCGAGAAUUGAUAAUUAUUUAUAUUAAAGAGAUAACCUGAUUAAUCGUCAACUUUAACAAUUGACAAAUUGAUAUCUCGCUUUCUGAGGCAGAGUGAAACUUUUCUGUCAGAUCCGUUCGUUUUAUGCAAAAACCCAUCGAAAGAGCAUAAUCUCAUCGAUUUUGGUUUAAGAAUGUUGUCAAUAUGAAUUUUAUGGACCAAUUUAACGGAAAAAUGCAAGCAAGUGAAAACAAUAUCUUAGCUAUAGGUGAAUUGCUUAAUGACUCCACCAAGCCUCUAAAAGAGAGAUUCCGCGCUCUGUUCACUUUAAAGAACAUUGGUGGUGCAACGGCGAUAGAUCAGAUCCGCGCAUGCUUCAAGGAUCCAUCAGCAUUGUUGAAACAUGAGCUUGCGUACUGUCUGGGUCAGAUGCAAGAUCCUGCUGCCAUCAGUACCUUAACGAGUGUCCUAGAGGAUUUGUCGCAGGAGCCGAUGGUACGUCACGAAGCUGGAGAAGCAUUGGGUGCUAUUGGUGACUCAAGGGUGAUUCCGUUGUUGGAAAAAUAUUGCAAGGAUCCAGUGCCUGAAGUAGCGGAGACGUGCGAGUUGGCCCUGAAUCGAUUAAGAUGGUUAAAUUCUAAUGAUAGUGAUGGGGACAUUCAACAUAAUCCUAUCUACACGACCAUCGAUCCCGCGCCACCAGCAAAGAUAGAAGAUGCGAAUGUGCUGAGGGAUAUUUUCCUGGAUGAGUCCAAGUCACUAUUUGACAGAUAUAAAGCGAUGUUUUCAUUGAGAAACUUGGGCACCAAACAGAGUAUUUUUAUCCUUACCGAAGGUUUGAAGGCUGGCAGUGCCCUGUUUAGGCACGAGGUAGCAUUCGUGCUAGGACAAUGUAAAAGCGAACUAUCCGUGCCAGCAUUACGAGCAUCGUUGGAGAACACGGAGGAAAACGAGAUGGUCAGACAUGAAUGCGCGGAAGCCUUGGGCUGCAUCGGCAAUGCAGAGUCCUACGAUAUAUUGUACGAAUAUCUUAAAGAUAGUCAAAGAGUCGUUCGCGAAAGCUGCGUCAUUGCCUUGGACAUAUGCGACUAUGAGAACAGUGAGCAAUUUCAGUAUGCGGAUACGCUAGCCAAGCUUUCCACUGCGUGAAGAUAUCCGUUUUAUUGAAAUGUUUUAUUUAUAUAUAUUAUAUAAUAUAUAUACGUUUUCCAUUCCGAGAAAGAAGAAAAAUGUAAAUUAUUCCUCUUGAUCAAAUCAAAAAUUUCAUUCGCAGAAUUUUCACGCAAUAUUCUAAAAGUAAAGAAUUGUUACAUUUUUUAUAUCUUAGAUAUAUUUUCCUCUUUCCUUCUAUGAAACUAAAGAUAGAUUUGUACUUAUAAUUGAAUUCAAUAAUUGGAAACUCUAGCAAUACGACUUGAUUAGGAACUUCGGUAUUGAACCGAUCAUGAGGGUACAAUAAACAUCAAGUGACCAGACUUGUAUUUGUAUCCAGAAUCUUAUUAAUAUAAUUAAACAUUUAAUUGUAAUAUCUUUCUGCAAAUAUUGAAGAUUGUAAUCCAAUUUAAAUAUGAUAAAGUAUUUGAGAUUAGUAA